AUGAGUUAUAACCGCUUGAAUAAUGGAUUGAUACGAUUUAAGCACUCAGUGCAUACGCCAAAUAUAUCUCAGAUACCAAAUUUUACAAAAUACUGUCCAAUACGACCAAUCAAUGAAGAACUGGCCCCAUAUGUCCAUGAAACGAUGAAUGCUUACCCAAGAGGUUCAAAACAUGUAAACCAGCAGCACUACUACCAUAACCGAACCGUUUUGCUACAUGACUACUUGAGGAAAAAACCACAUGCGAUGUCAUUGCUUCAACUGGCCCAGUAUUAUGACGACUCUGCCAAACUCACGAAGCAGAAGAUCAUUAAUUCGGGUAAAUUUGUUAAAGAGGAAUUGGCCAUUAGGAUGGCUCACAAAAUAUUUAUGCUGCAGCAGCUGCCUUUUAGCGUAAUAAACAAUUUUCAUUUUGUUCAGGUUUAUGAAUCUUAUUAUAAUAUUUUUGAAAGAUUUAGAAAAUUCCCCGCAAUAAGGACACUUGAUGAUAACUAUAGGUUCGCUGAGUUUUUAAAAUCGAUUUUGCAAGAUUUUAACUCGUUGAAUUUGCCACAUUUAGUCAUGGGAGCAUUGGAGUGUACAAUUUUAGAUUUAUAUCCGCAAGACAAGAUGGAUGAAUUAUUGUCGGGUCUACUAAGGGCUCGUAUAUCAAGAAGAUUGAUAGUCGAAGAACAUAUUAGUGUCACCGCCAAUUUUUUGAGUGGGAAAGAGGAGAAUACCUUAGUUUUGGGAGACAUCUUCCAAGAAUGUUCUGCAACAGAAUACAUCCUUGAUGCAAGUAGAGCCUGUCAAAAAUUUAUUCAAGAAAUGUAUUUUGAAAGUUUACCAUUGCCAGAACUGAUCAUAAAUGGGGAUACUGACCUAAAAUUUUAUUUUCUUCCGAUUCAUCUCAAGUAUUUGUUAGGAGAGAUCUUAAGAAACAGUUACGAGGCUACAAUCAAGGAUUAUAUACGACAGGGGCUAAAGAAACCUCAACCUAUCGUAGUUACCAUAAUUAAGAAUGAAGAAUCAUCUCUGUUUCGCAUAUCAGAUAGAGCAGGUGGGGUUCCCCAUAACGACAAAAAUAUCUGGUCCUUUGGUAAAUCCAAAGAAAGAGCAAGUGAGUCUCUGAAGAACUUUCAUAUGCUUCCUGGUCUGCAAACGGUAUCGUUAUACGACCACUUAUAUCAUAAUAAGCGCGCAUCGACAGAGUCUGCAAAUCGACCUUACAUGUACACCUCCCUAGAGCCUAUGAGUCAUACAAACCUGACAACUGGUAAAAUCCAAUUUGUCAAACCGUUGGUUCGAUUUAUCGAAAGAUCAUACCGGUAUAGAUUGGGUAUUGGUUUGGCAAUGUGUAAAGUUUAUGCUGAAUAUUGGAAUGGUGAUCUAACCUCACAUUCCAUCCAAGGUUAUGGUACUGACACUGUCUUGAAGCUGGGAAACCUAAUGAAUUCAAACAGAAAACUACAACUGGAUAAAGUGUAG